UGCGAAAUCGGGCAUGGCGCGGAGCGGCCGGGCGCUCGGCAGGGCCCUGGCCGGCGGGCUUGCCUACGAAGCCCCGCCGUCGCCGCUGCGCACGGCCGCCGUCAGGCACUUGGCUUCUUGUGGUAUUCUGAUGACUAGACUUCCUCCUCUGCAAGUACCUGUGUUGAGCCAUACGUUUUCCAGGAGUUUCUUCAACAUUGCUGCACCACUAGCAAAUAAAAGAAAAGAAUAUUCUGAAAGAAGAAUUAUAGGGUAUUCUAUGCAGGAGAUGUACGAAGUUGUCGCUGUGGUGGAGAAUUACAAACUGUUUGUUCCUUGGUGCAAGAGGUCAGAUGUAUUAUCCAAGCGUUCUGGGUACUGCAAAGCACAGCUAGAAAUAGGAUUCCCUCCCAUACUGGAGAGAUACACCUCAGUUGUUACCCUUGUGAGGCCACACUUAAUUAAGGCAUCCUGCACAGAUGGAAAACUGUUUAAUCACCUGGAAACAGUGUGGCGUUUCAGUCCCGGUAUCCCUGGUUACCCGAGGACAUGUACACUGGAUUUCUCAGUUUCUUUUGAGUUCCGUUCGUUCCUACACUCAAAACUUGCUACGCUCUUUUUUGAUGAGGUGGUGAUGCAGAUGGUGGCUGCCUUUGAGAGAAGAGCAUCCAAAGUCCAUGGCCCAGAAACAAGCAUACCUCGGGAGCUCAUGUUCCAUGAAGUUCAUCAGACGUAGAUGGGGAAAUCCCAGCUAUCUGUUACAAACUUUUGUGUACUUCAUUUGUGCAAGAGGUGCCAUGCUCCUCCUUCAGGGCAUCCAUUUCCUCCUCUACAAAGCACACCUGUUCAGCCAGAUGUCUGUAAAAUGUUAAAGCUGUAAUUAAGUGCAGCUUGAAGUGUUUUAUCAGUAACAGCCCACUGGCAGCUACUGUAGCAAGAGAUAUCUCAGGCUGCCCUUUGUUGCCUUGCAAAACGGUUUGUGGGAUCAAAGCCCAACUUCUGCCUUAUCUAAGCUUCU